AUGCACUCCAAGACUUUCACCGCUGCCGCCGUGGCCCUGGCCGCUUCCACCCUGGUCUCUGCUCAGACCUCAACUGACUGCAACCCUCUCCAGAAGACCUGCCCCAACGACCCUGCUUUCGGCAAGAACUCAGGCGGUUGCGACUUCACCAAGGGCGCGUGCGGUAACUUCGAUUCUCUCCCCGGCACCUCUCUCUCCUACAACGGCAACGGCGCUGUCUUCUCCAUCAGCACCGAGACUGAGGCUCCCACCAUCCGCACUGGCAAGUACCUCUUCUUCGGCCGCAUCGAUGUCGUUGUCCAGGCCGCCGCCGGCGUCGGUAUCGUCACCUCUGCCGUUCUCCAGUCCGACGAUCUUGACGAGAUCGACUGGGAGUGGGUUGGAGGCGACAACGCCCAGGCUCAGACCAACUACUUCAGCAAGGGCAACACUGCCACCUACGACCGUGGUGCUUUCCACCCCGUCGCCAACCCUCUUACUUCGUUCCACACCUACUCUGUUGAGUGGACUUCUCAGGGUGUCACCUGGUUGAUCGACAACAACGUCGUCCGUACCCUGAACGCUGCCAACGCCGAGGGUGGCGCUGCUGGUCUCCCCCAGACCCCUAUGCAGGUCAAGCUUGGAACCUGGGUUGCUGGCCGCAAGGAUGCUCCUCAGGGCACCGUCGAGUGGGCCGGUGGCUACACCGAUUUCUCCAAGGCUCCUUUCCUCGGAUACUACAAGAGCAUCUCCAUUGUCGACUACGCUGGUGCCGAUGCCCCUACCUCCAAGAGCGUCAAGGAGUACAUCUACAGCGACCACAGCGGCAGCUGGCAGAGCAUCAAG